AUGAAUGGACCUAUUACGAGCGCACAAGGAAGUGCUGGCAAGAGCACAAUCUUCUUUGUUAACGAUCAGAACAACCUCUGCAUCCGCGAAGCGGUACAGGAAGGUGAGAAGAAUAGCAAGGAAAAACCCUUAAACUACAAGGAUGGUUACGUAGAAAUUGCCAAUCAAGAUCCCGAGUGUGGCAGUAAGGAUCUUGCUGCUCUGGCUUAUGAGUGGGGCGACAAAUGGAGCACUAGGGUGUACUAUUCGGACAAGAACAAUAUGAUCCAAGAGGUUUGCAAAGACAUUCCAAAGCAAGCAGUCCAAGACGGAAGCAGCUCUCCUAAAUGGACCAUGGGGUCACUUGGACAGAGCAAUCUCGACCUACAGGCAGUUCCUGGGACUUCUAUUUCUGCCCACAUCAACUACAAUUCCGGACAACUGAAGGUUUACUUUUAUCCUCAAAAGGAACCUAAACGCAUUGCGUUAGUUUGGACCAAACUUGGUGACACUAGCUGGCAACAGAAAUACGUUGUUUGA